AUGGCCGACAGCCACCUUUAUGGCGUGAAGCAGUCCUCCAAGACCAAAGCCAAAGAGAUUUCCUCGUCCACGUCCCUCGCAUUCUCUACCAAUCUCGCGUCACUGAUCUCCAGCUCAUCCUCUGUCAAAGCCAAAAGUGGCACGGCCCGACCGCGCCCGUCCAAGGACAAGUCCGAUAUCUUUACUGCUCACAAUAAGAAUGUCAAGAAGCGGUCUGCGGCCGACCUUGAAGAUGGCCAGCAACGCCACCAAACCAAAGCCGACAUCGGCUCCGUCGAGGACGCCGAGUUGCGCAGAUCCAAAAGGAAGAUGGAGGACAAAGUCCGGUUGUACAACGCUAUGAAACGUGGUGAAUACAUCGGGCGGGGUGAUCACGAUGAUCGAGGGCUGGUCGACUUUGACCGCAAAUGGGCCGAAACCCAGGCAAGUGGAGGAGCACAUAACUCUGACAGCUCCGACUCCGGUGAAGAGGGCGCAGAAGAGGAUGACGAAGUUGUGGAAUACCUCGACGAGUUUGGUCGAUUACGCAAAGGAACAAAAGCCGAAGCCGAACGGGAAGAGAGGAGGAAACGAAUACAAGCAAACGCGGCUGAGGAAGAGGAACGGCUUGCCGCAAAGCCCUCUAUGCCCGCCAAUGUUAUCUAUGGAGACGCUAUCCAACAUCAGGCAUUCAACCCCGACCGAGUCAUUGCCGACCGCAUGGCGGAAAUUGCGAAGAAGCGGGACAAAUCAGCCACUCCCCCUCCCGACGCGCAUUACGACGCGACUGCUGAAGUCAGGUCCAAAGGCACUGGCUUCUACAACUUCAGCCAGGAUGCAGAAGAGCGGAAGCGGGAAAUGGACGCCCUGGAGAAGGAAAGACUCGAAACCGAGCGAAUUCGCAAGGAGAGGGAGGACAAGAAAGAACAAAGGCGCAAAGAGAUCGAGGAGCGGCGCCGGCUGAUCGCUGAACACAGAGCUAAAGCUCAGACCGACAAGUUCUUAAGCGAGUUGGAUAUCGAGGGAGUCUGA